AUGAAGCAAAGCACCGUAAAGAAUGAUGACCAUAUCUUCGUAAACAGGGCUAAUGACAGACAGACACCAAGGCAUACGACAGAAAAAGAAGGAGGCAAUGGGUCGGGUUCCCAAGCCGCAACCAAUACUUGGAACGUGACACGCAUUCGCACAAAUGUUUUCACAAACGGGGAGUGGCCCAUAAUACAUCCUCAGAAGCGGGAAAACUUUUCAAUCGGGCCGGAGCAGUCUAUCACUACUGUCUCCGGCUUGGCCUGGUCACCACCAGGACUCGCCAAGCAUAGGCGCUGUGUUUUGGCAGUAUUGACUUCGAGUCUGCUUCUAUCAUUCUAUGAUAUUAGUCCUCAAGGAAGAUGGACACGGGUUGCUAUCGUCAACGACUGUCUAAGCUCGUACUUCAAGUCCCUUGUUGAUGACGAAGAGCUCAGGCUACGGAAGUCCAAUAUUCGUUGUUUUACGUGGUGUCCGCCUCUUAAAGUUCCGAUUGCAGAACAACAUGCCACGAGCUACACAGUACCGCCUCCUGAAAGCCGUUGGGGUAUGCACUUCCUCUCGGUCACCAACGACGACAAUGAUAUGAUUCUCUUACAGGCUCGGAGAUCCACAGAUCCGACUUCCACAAGCUCCUACUCUUUUGAAGUCCUGUCCCUUACUUCACUUGAUGAGCAUAUAGAAAACCAACCUGUCCAACCGGCCUCGAUAUUCGCCUCUGCUCUGAGAGCGCGCGCUAGGGCAUCUUUCAUGUCGCCCGGCCCAUGGGUCUAUCAGCAAACUAAGGAUAGAGAUGGUGUUUGUUCUGCGAUUGGGAACGUGGCUGUCACAUUGGGGGCAAAGCUCAAGAUGGUGAGACAUGUCAUAACCUUGAUACCGGACAAUGAUCAGGCAAGCUCUGCAGUGAAUCACAUGGUCCAAUGUGUCUCUGAAGAGAACAUAUCGUACGGAGGACUCCUGAAAAGUUACCACUUGACUGGCCCUCUGCAUUGGCUCUACACAGAGGAAUCUUCUGAAAUCGGUCUUGUCGUAGGCAGCUUUGCUGGAUUGACUACGAUAUUCUUUUCUCGCGCAGCAUAUCAAGGAAUGAAAGCAGCAGGGAAAGGGAACCAAGUUAAAGAAUUGCCGUUCUACGAGUCCACCGGAAGUGAUAUAGGAACUGACUGUCCGAGGCAUUGGGAACAGACAAGUGCCAUGACCGUUGCUUUGGAUGAGGCAACGCAGAUGCCAAUCCUUCAUCUCGGUACUGUAGGUGGAUACACGGCAACUAUGACACUGUCUGGCAUCCAAAGCAGCAAUGGACUCUCAGAAACACCUUGGAAGAAACAACUUGAUACUAUCCGCGAACAGUUUGACAUAGCCCGUGACCUUGGCGGAUAUACCAUCAGCAGAACCUGGGGUCUUGCAUCCUAUAAUGGUCUUGUUGUGGCAGCUUUUACACUACAUCCAGGAGAUACGGUUGAAUAUCGGACUUCUGCAGAAGAGCGAACAACACUUGUUUUCUCUCACGCGAAUGCAGAGAUUACGGAAUUUGAUGACCUGGGUUUCCCCUAUCCUUUACCAGAUCGAUCUCCAGAGGCCUUGCGCAGGCAACGGGAAGCUGCCUUGGGAUAUAUACUCUUCACUGAAGAUGGCGAUUAUAGCAAACUGACGUUGAGCUGGAAAAUGCUCUAUGCAGCCGCUUGCUGCGCGAUUGUGGACUCUCAGAAUGACAAGAUAUUGUCUCAGGCUCAAAAAGCUCUGGAGUGGUUAGCAUCAAGCAUAGAAGUUGAUCUGUCUGAUGAAAUAGGCAAAUGCUCGGUGCCAGGCAGUACGAUAGACUCAAAAUCCGCAGAGCAGCUUCAGGCUCAGGCCAACAGAUCUUCGAACAAUGUGCUAUAUGCGAUGCAGGGCUCUCCUGGUACUCCGCCGUGGAAGCUCAGUGUGCGGCUGGCCAUCUGUUUGGUACUGCGGUGCGGUGUGACAUUUCUGGCUAUUCAAGAGCCAGACCUUUCGAAAUUCUGCUCGCGCUGUGGAACAGAAUAUCUCAGCGAGGAUCUUGUGCAUGACGAACUCGAAUACACCUGUCGAACCCUGUCAGACGUAUUCGACACCUGUAUAUACUGCAACGGCAAAUUUCAAGCCUAG